AUGGUUCCACCCGCAUGGAAGAAAGCGGUGACUGUGCUCAUAUAUAAAAAGGGAGCGAAAGAGGACCUCAAUAACUGGCGGCCCAUCUCACCCAGCCGGACGCUGUAUAAGCUGUACGUGGGGUGUGUCGCCGGUCGGCUGACGGAGUGGCUUCUGUCAAACAAGGUCCUCAGCCCCUGCCAGAAGGGAUUCCUGCCAGCGGACGGCGCGUUCGAACACGUCCACACUCUCAACCGAGUUCUAGAGAAGGCUAGGACCCACGCGGUGGACAAGUGCGUGGCCUGGCUGGACGUGUCAAACGCGUUCGGCACGAUUCCACACCCCAUUCUGGAGGCUGCAACGAGAGGAGCGGGGCCAGCGAGGACUUCCUUCUGGCCAUCCGCGACAUCUACACGGGAGCGACGUCAUCGGUGA